AAAAAGUAAAUCAAAUUGCUUUCUGAAUUUCUUACAGAUGAUAAGUACACCCAGUCUGCAACAGCUCAUCACUGGGGCACAAAAUGACAGUGAUUUUCUGACCAAAAGUAAUUGCAAGGAGGAAGAAGACUUAACGACCAGUCCCACAAGUGAUGCAGUUUUCUGUGAUGGCAGAAAACAUGGAAGCUUGUUUAGUCUUAACAGCACAUGCACUGAGUCCGGCAAUUUUGGCAAAGCUAACAUCACAGGAGAAAUAGAGUUUGCUUUAAGAUACAUCUUCAAGGCUUGCUUGUUGGAAAUUUGCAUCAAGGGAUGCAAGAACCUGGCUUAUGGAGAAGAGAAGAAGAAAAAGUGCAACCCGUAUGUUAAAGUUUAUUUACUGCCUGAUAAAUCUCCUCGGAGUAAGCGGAAGACAGCUGUCAAAAAGAGCACAGUGGAUCCUGAGUUCGAUGAGACUUUGAAGUACAAGAUUGAAUACUCCCAGCUGAGAAGUCGGCAGCUUCAGAUCUCUGUGUGGCACGCAGGAGCACUCAAAUACAGGGUGUUUUUGGGGGAAGUGGUGAUUCCUCUGGCAGCAUGGAAUUUUGAAGAGGACUCCAUGCUGUUGUUUGACUGGUAUCAGCUCAAGCCCAAGCUUGAAAAGCCUGAAGAUGAUCUUAUCCAGUACAGUGGUGAACUCGUUGUGUCUGCAAGACUGUCGGUACCAGCCCAGUAUAAAAAUUUCCAGUGUGAAGGAAACAAAGACCAAGGAGUUCCCAGCUGCCAGCUUCAGGUUAUGGUAUUUGGGGCUAAGAACUUGCCCAUGCUGAGAUCUGCUGGAAUGCUAAACUCCUUUGUUAAAGGUUGUCUUAUCCUUCCAGACCAAGCAGAGGUAAAGCUAAAGUCUCCUGUCCUGAAGAAAGAAGCCUGUCCACAGUGGAAACACUUGUUUGUCUUUGAUGGUGUAACCCCAGCUCAGCUACAGCAAUCAUGUCUGCACUUGACUGUGUGGGACCAGUCAACUUUCAGCUCAAGUGAUCAAUUCCUAGGAGGAGCCAAGCUUGGUGCAAGGGAAUUGCUUGGCUCUACACACCUUAUUUCUCAGUCAGUGCUCCAAUGGCAAGAAGUGCUCUACAACCCAAACAUGUGGAUGGACUUUACACUUAUACUGCAUUCAACUAAGGAAAACUUUAAAUCAUGA